CAUUUUCACUCCUUUCUCCAUCUUCACUUCACAGAAUCACUCCACAAGUGAAAAAAAAUCAGGAAAAUUUUCGCUUUCUUGAAUUUUUUUUCCUUCUUUUUCUUCAUAGCUAUGGUUUUCGAUAGGGAUGUUGCUAGGUUUUCUGUUGGUGUUAUUGGGAAUGUCAUUGCACUGAUCUUGUUCUUAUCACCCUUGCCAACUUUCAUUCGUAUAUGGAAAAACAAGUCUGUGGAGCAAUUUUCUCCAAUUCCAUACAUAGCCACAUUAGUCAAUUGUGGGCUUUGGGUGUUGUACGGGCUCCCUUGGGUACAGCCACACAGUAUCUUAGUUGUGACCAUUAAUGGGACCGGGCUUGGCAUCGAGAUCGUGUACCUAACGCUGUUUUUGUUGUACUCUGAUCGUAAACAAAGGACGAAAGUUUUCUUCAUCGUCCUCGGUGAGAUUGUUUUUGUUGCUAUACUUUCAGUUUGUGUUCUAACUUUUGUCCAUGGAAACAAGAGAAGAGCAGCCAUUGUUGGUAGUAUUUGCAUGGUGGGCAAUAUUUUGAUGUAUGCUGCUCCCUUGUCCGUCAUGAAAUUGGUGAUCAAGACCAAAAGUGUGGAGUACAUGCCUUUCUUCCUUUCUCUCUUCUCUUUUCUCAAUGGUGUUAGUUGGACUGCCUAUGCCCUCAUCCGUUUUGACGCAUACAUUCUUGCACCUAAUUCAAUGGGAACUGUUCUUGGGCUGGCCCAAUUGCUGCUUUAUGCUACAUAUUACAAGUCCACUAACAGACAGAUAGCGGAAAGAGAGGCCAAAGGAGAGGUGGUCAUGGCUGAAAAGUCUGUUUCGGGCCGGGUGGCCCAAAAACCCAGAAAUGAUUCUAGAGUUUAAGUUUGUGGCCCUUGAAAGCCCAUAUAACUUUAGUAUUUGAUCUUAUAGUCCAACUUUCAUUGGACCUUUUGUUUUUCUUGACCCCUUCUAGCGCCCCCGUCCCCCCCGCCUAACCCACAACCCCAACCCCCAACCCCCCCGCGUGAAAAAGGCACCCUAUCUACCCCUUUCAACAUGUGAUAUGACAAAGAUAUAUAUAUAUCCUAAAUGAAAAGUAAGCUGAAAAUUCAGCAGUUUUCAUUACAGAA